ACUUUGACAGAUAUCAAGCAAUUGUGUCUUUUGUGAACAUACAAAAUUCACACUGGAAGCUUCUGUACAUCAAUGCAGCAGAAAGAAGCGUGUAUUUGGUUGACCCAGCACACAGCUCCACAGAGCUGACAGACUCAGACCAUGCUGCAAAAAGAUUAUGUGAAUACUUCAAACUGAGGAGGACCUGCCACAGCAAGACUGACUGGGUGGACAUCAAAUUCAAAGGAGGUGUUCUGCAACACCCAGUGCAGCAGGAUGGAAAUAGCUGUGGGGUACUUGUAAUCAUGAUGGCAAACGCAGUCAUGGAGGCCUUUCCAAAAAUACCAAACAUUGCAUUUGGUACAACAAAGACAGAGAUGGUACAUCAGCGUAAACAUUACGCUCUGCAACUACUUAAAGCCUCAGUGUUUGACAUAGAUAACAACUGUGCCAUGUGCUCAACGACAAAACCACCAGGUCCAGGGCCUUCCUUCACUGACUGGAUUCAGUGUGACAGAUGUAGCCGGUGGUUUCAUGCCCAGUGCCUCCAGAUGGACACAGCCCAGCUUCAAAAUGUGCAAACCGCUGACUGGAAUUGCUGUCUGUGUCAAAAAUAAUUCCACAAUCAGUAUGUGCUAUGUCAUUUUUUUUUUAUAUGUGACACUGUUUUCUUUGUCUAUGUAUGAAAGGGUGGCCUAAAACACAUAUGUUGCCUUUCAUAGUAUUACCAGCUGCAAAAGCAACACUGGUAUUGUUUUCAGUUUGUGAGUCUGUGUGCAAGUCCCCAGGUGUUUAUAUUGCUAUCUCUCUGUGGACAGAUUUUUUAAUCCCGAUAACAACCGUGAACGAUGCAGUCACAAAACUUUACAGGUGUGUAUUUGAUAUCAAAGUGAAGGCCGAGUUUGAAGAUGGGUGUGGCCCAACAAUGGCACCUGAAUUACGAGGUUAAAAGGAAGGGGUUGAUCAGGACUUUACGCCCCUUAACCAAUUUAGCGUCAUGGCUGUUUAGGUUUUCUAAUUUUGUUUUCGUUUUAAUAUCACAGUUGAGUGAUGUUUUGUGUUUUUACAUAAAGGUUUUUGGUUCCCAUUUUAUACAAAAUGACGUAAAAAAAAGUUUAACU